AUGUAUCACGGGUCCCCUGACGAGCGCGUGGAGCUGCGGCGCACUAGGAUGGUUUUCUCGGAAGAGGACAUGAAGUACCAGAACAGAAUGUUUGGACGAGACGGGACGAUGCCGCCUGCGCCUGCGUCGGCUCCGCGGGGUAGGAAGAAAGCUGCCAGAGGUAAGGCUGUAAAGGCGAGGACUACCAGGGGCGCUGUCCGCACAAGACCGCGACCAGACAGUGACGGUGAUGAUGAUCAAUCCGCCACAUGCAGAAAGGGCGGUAGACGAGAUCAGACCGUUGAUUCGAAUGAUGAAGUAGAAGCGGAACCGAAGCGACAGGCGAGGCGAAGCAUGCAGGGGCGACGUGGAGCAGUCUCUACUGAGCAGAAGGACGAGGAGCCCAGUAAGGGUAAGCCCAAGCUCCCGUCAAACCAGCAUACGAAUUUCCCCGUGGUGAUCACGACGUAUGAGAUGUUGAUGAAGGAUCGCGUGCAUCUUGCUGAAUACUACUGGGGCUUCAUUGUCGUGGACGAAGGCCACCGGCUCAAGAACAUGGAUUGCAAACUCAUGCGAGACAUCAAAAGACUUAAUUCGGCUGCCCGAAUGGUAUUGACGGGCACCCCAUUGCAUAAUAACCUCGCUGAAUUGUGGGCAUUGCUCAAUUUUGUGCUGCCGGACGUGUUUUCUGAUCUCGAGGCCUUUGAAGAAUGGUUCAAUUUACCGGUGCUGCAGGCUACGCUCUCGGCGUCGCGCUCCUCCCAGCUGAUCCACUCGCUCCACUCCAUCUUGCGUCCAUUCUUGCUCCGAAGGCUCAAAGUCGAUGUGGAGACGAACCUCCCGCCAAAGAAGGAAUAUGUACUCUAUGCCCCGCUGAGCGAGCGCCAGCGCGAAGUAUAUGACGCUAUUGUCAACGGAGGUCUCCGGGCUCUGCUAGUGAAGGAGGGGCAGGAGAAAGAGAAGAAAGAGAAAGCGUCCGUCGUCGAACUUGAUGGCGAUAGUGAGGAGGAAGUGUCCCUUAAAGCGAAGCUUGAAGGUGGGAAGAAAAACGGACGAAUGAGUACUAGGCGCUCCAAGAGGAAAGAUUAUGCUGUUGAUGGGGAUGACGACGAGUAUUUUGCCAAACUAGAGUCUGGGCAGCUCGAGGCUCAGAGACAGAAAGAGAGGGAGGAGAAGGCGGAAGACCUUGGCCGCGACUGGCAGCGCAAGUCGAUGGUGAAAAAGGUGAACAACAUGAAGUUGCAGAACACCGUGAUGCAACUUCGAAAAGUCUGUUCUCAUCCCUUCCUCUUCAACUGGCCGGCCGAUCCCGAUACCCAUCAGCCUAUAUUGAACGAAGAGCUCGUCAGUGCAAGUGGCAAGAUGAUGAUCCUAGAUCGGCUGCUUGAGGAGCUGUUCCUCAGAAAGCACAAAGUGCUGCUCUUCAGCCAGUUCACCACGAUGCUUGACAUUAUUGAGGAUUGGGCGAUUGAGCUUAAAGGAUGGUCAAUAUGUCGCAUCGACGGUUCCACGUCGAUGUCCGAGCGACGAGAGGAGGUCAGCAGGUUCCAAAAUGGAGGCGAUGCUCCAGAUGCCCCCCGUCUCUUCUUGCUCAGCACUAGAGCUGGUGGACUUGGUCUGAACCUAGUUGCGGCAGAUACAGUCAUAUUUUAUGAUCAAGAUUGGAAUCCACAAAUGGACCUACAAGCACAGGACCGCGCACACCGCAUUGGUCAGACAAAGCCCGUGCUAAUAUUUCGUCUGGUUAGCGCGCAUACAAUAGAGGGGAAGAUCAUGCAGCGAGCUAAGGAGAAACGAAAGUUGGAAGCACUUGUUAUUGCCAAAGGUCAGUUCAAGUCUCCCACGUUGGCAUCGGGUCGCAGCAGGCCAGAGACUAUGGCCGAGAUGGCAGCGGCUCUACUCAGGCUCGAGGGCGAGCAGAUUCGAGUGGUCCCAGACACUGCUGUGGGGAAGGCGAGCGUCAUAAGCGACCAAGAACUCGACAUGCUAUUGGAUCGAAGUCCAGAAGUCUUCGCCGACCGAGGUAAAGGCUGGACGUCUGCUGGUAAAGUUGCAGAAGGGAAGCGGGCAGAAGCUGAGGCUGAGAGGAAGACGGCGUUCGCCGUCUACGAGACCCCCGUCGACGAGACGGCUGGCUUGUUGGCCGGCAUGCUGGACGAAGAUGAUGAAUCGUAG